CAAUCAAUGGAUUGAAAUGGAAAGUGUACGUAAUCAGCCAGAUAGGAGAUAACAGGCCUCAUACACAGAAAACGUUUCAAAUGAAGUAACAUAAUUAUGCUACCGGUGAUGGACUUGAAUGUGGAUUUUUUCUGUUACAAUGAAUGCGGAGCACUCGUGAAGAAGUCUGUACGUUUGUACGAGUGACGUUGAAGAUUAUGGGGCAUGAUACACGUUUAGUCUAAUGCACGAAGAUUAAACCGUAUUUUGUAUUGUGGAUUUAAACUAAUCUGUUGGAUAACACUACAACAGACGUGCUUUCAAACGAGGAUUAACGCAAUGAAUGAAAACUGGGGAGGAAGCAUUAAUCCUGCCUGUUUUAGUGUGAUAUUAUAGAAUGCGAACAUACAUCGACAAUUUUGGCCGUCAAAUCGGCACGUGUUGACAUGUUUUUUACGCUAGAUUCGACUCAGAUAUGUUUGGAUUACGGGUACCUCUCGUCCAAAGUUUGAGCUCGGCUGAUUUUGAUGGAGUUAACGUUAUUCUCAAUAAAAGCAUCCUCAAAGAUCCAUCAAAAUGGUUGACAAAGGUGAACAAGAAUGGUGAAAUAUUUGAGCUGCAUCUUGAAAAUUCCGUUGAAUUGUUCACCCAACCCCUGCCAAGUGAGAAGGUGAGUCUAUGCAGUGACUGUGGGACAGAUGAUACUGGAUAUGGGACUGACAACGAAGCACACUCUGUGCUUAACACUGGAGACUUAAUACCCCCAAAUGAGCUUGCAGAGUUUGCUGAUUGUUUUGUAAACUAUACAAGUUCUUCACAUUGUGCGACACAGCAAAAAACUCAACUCAAUCAACAAGCAGCUUUUCGACAGUUUGAAGAGGACAUUGACAUAUUGUUUCAGUCUAAAAGGAAUCCCAGAGAUGAGUCUAAUGAAUUUGAUGUGGCACAUGAUUUAACUGAUAUCAACAGCUAUUUUACAGAAGAAGACAACAGGCAUCUGGGGUUUGACAGUCAUAAAAUUCAGUAUUUCUCUCAGAACGAGACAUUUCAAACACUUACUUUACAACCAACAGACAUGUUGUCACUAGUGAACGAUAAUGACAACAGAAGUGAACAACACAGGGGUUGCCUGCCAAAAAAUAGAUUGGAAGUUGUUGUUAAAUUAAAACCGAAGAAAUUACAAAAUGAAACAAAUUCAACUGUAGAACUUUGUGAAUACAUUCUUGGAUUUGUUCCUGGUCAUACAGGAACAAGUACAAAUGUCAGGCAGAGAAAGAAGGACAAAAUGGUAAAAAUCAGAAGCAUUCUUCCGAAUGGCGUGUGUGCGAGAUACUCAUCGAUUAAAGUUGGCGACUGCCUGCUAUCUAUCAAUGAACAGAGAGUGACGUGGGACAACCUGGCAAGUUUGCUGUCCACACUGCAGUUUCAGAGACAGGCCAAAUUACUUAUUCGCCCGUCUGAAAAAACAAAGACAGAAAAAAUUCCAAUAGUUAAAAAAGACAGUAUACCCAGCAGUGCUCACCGACUCACUGAGCUUAUCACAGGCUCCAAUAACCACAGGACCAGCCAUGAAGUCACAGCACAGAACAUUGUACCGUUUUAUGGAGCUAUGUAUUUGUCGUUGGAGGGUAUCAACUCAGACAACAUGCAGGCUAAGGAAGACAUUGUUUACCAGUUUCCGAAGGUCGACAACAAAGUGAUCUCAUCCAGAGGGAUGUUCAUUACUUUAGCUGGAAGUUUACACGAUGCUUUGAAAUCUACUAUUCAAAGCACCACUUUGUUGGUGGAGGACCAACCAGUCCACAUUGUGUAUCAUUGCGAAGGCCCCAGUCUAUUUGUAUUCUCUGCACCUGAACAUAUGUUUUCCCUUACCUCACUCACCAUGCUGGUUAAAGACCUUGUGCGCCUGUUGCAAGUCAUCCAUGGAUCUGUUCAUCACGCGUUUACCUCACUGGACACUCACUAUAGUCUGGACUGCUUUUUCACACUACUUCAUGAAAAACUGCAUUGUCGGAACGGUGUUCUGGAGUCUGGCACCCACAACGACAUGUUGCACAAUCUCAGUCAAGGCGCUACAGUGCUGUGUGUACCUCAGGAAGUGAAGAACUGUGCAGAUAGAAUGCUAACAGAAUUUGAAAGUGCAGACUUUGGCGAUAUGUCUGACAGUUAUUAUGGUUGCAGACGGAGCUACUCAGUGCUAGGAUCUUGCCUGUUUUAUAAGGACUACCUGAUAUCAAGCCACCUUGCGCGAGAGGACCUUGUGGACGUGAGCACCUACCUGCGCUACCAUGGACUGCUCGCGCUGAGCACCGACCCUGGUCUUGGUCAGCUGGUGGCAUGGCGCGAGGUGUACCCAACACGCAACUGUCACACCAUCCCAGAUGAACAGCAGUUCGGCUAUUCUGAGCCGCUGAUUGCUAGAUGGUUUUGGCUAAUCGUUGGAUAUAAGAACCUCAUUAUGUGUGUGUCGCUGGAGACAGGUGGAUGCACAAAAGUUGUGGCAGGCGUGUCUCCCCCUGACCCCUUCCUCAUUGACCAAGCACGGGCAGUGCUGUUACAGCUGUACGCACAGGACAUGGCCAGUGUCUGUCAGACAUGUAUAUCGUCCACACUGACAUCUCUGACGACCAGUCCUCCCUCUGUGGUGAAUGAGGACAGGAGACUGCAGGAGAUUUCUCCAAGGAACCCUGGGAUGGGGGAGUCCCCUGCCGUCACCAGGUCACGCAGCGUAGACGCUCACACUUCUCACAGUGAAGUGCGAAAGUUAAGCAGUAACAGCUUGGAUUCAGUUGUAAAGCCUGGCCGAAAAGGCAGACUGUAUCCUGAAGUUUCCGACUGCCUGUACAGUACCUUAGCAACAAAAGUGGAUUCAUAUCCAUUGAACACUAAUAGAAAGCUGUCAGUUGGCAUGAACAAUUGCCUGUUUCACCUGCUUUAUAUUGACAAUCUUGAGGGAGUUCUCAUAUCUUCCUCACAACAGAUGGCCGCCUCACCAACCAAUGAACAAAUUCACAAAUGCUUCAAGAAAGCUGCUCAAAAAAUCAAAACUGUUUUUGCAAGUGCCAAACAAAUCAAAGAACAAAGUAAAACUGAGAGACACCAUGUUUGCGGCUCAAAUGACGACUUUGUGCACAUACGAGAGGAAGGCGUGAUGUUUACAUGCAAUGUGACAGGUCCAGCAGACAAAAAGCUUAGUCAACUGUGCUACUGGGUGGUGGGACGACUGCUGUCACGUUCUAAACAGCGGGAGAUGUACGUGUGUUUCCUGGAGUCCACUCCGCAAGCUGUUGUUGAGCUUGCAUUCAAAACUGCUUUUGGCCGUCUUCCUUUAUAAUGGACCAGCUGUUACCCAGAAUAUGCCAGUUUGCCUUGCCUGCUUCAUGGGGUUGGGGGGGGGGGAGAACAGGGGGCUUGUCCUUUGAUGAGACACAAGGACCAUAUUUUUGUUCAUUUUAGCUAACCUUUGGACCAAUCGCUCAAAAGGGGAACUAUCGCGGUCAAUUACUGACCGUCCUGCCAUGUCGGGCAUCAAUAUUUCACUUCAAAUAACUUCUACCAGGUGGCUAUUUACUAAACUUGGACAUAAUGUGUCUAGGGUUGUCUUUAAGCAAAUUCAUUCUAUUCAAUAGAAUAGCUUAAAAUAUGGUUGCAAUGAACACCAGAAAGCUUAAGAAACUAGCAAAAUUUAUAUGGCUACAUGAAAUACAAUUUGGAAAUCUCCUCGGAAACCAAUUCAUGAGAUUUCGAAAUAAUUUCACUGUGAUUUUUCUUGCUUUAACCUGUGCCAAAUUCAAAGAUUUGAUUUAUUCAUUAAAAAAGAAUGGCCACCUGGGGACUUGCUGCCCCGAGUUUUCCUUAUAUGGCUUUAUUGAAAAUUUUGAAUAUCAUCUGCUCAAAGACUUAUGAUAAGAUUAUGAUAAGAUUUCAAAUAAUUUCACAGAAAUGUUCCUUGGAUGACCCUCUAUGAAAUUUCAAAGAAUUGUGUUGAAAGAAAGAAAUAUGGCCGACAGGUGGUAUGGCAGUUGCCUCAAUAUCGCUAUUAAAAAAGAUCUUUUACUAGAAAUUUGAUUAUCGAAUUUCAAAACAAUUUCACAGAAAUUCUCCUUUAUAACCCUUUACCAAAUUACUCAGAAUAGUUUUUAUUUUGUUAAAAAACAUGGCUGCUAUGGAGUGUUUUUCCUACAUGGCUGUUUAGGAAACUUAAUAUCUCAUAAAUUGAUGAUCUGAUGUUGUAAUAAAAUCAGAGUAAUAUUCCACCAGUCCCCUCUUCAUUUCCUAAAAGUUAUAAUUAUGAUUCUUUUAAAACAUGUCUUCCAAUCAGCAUAAUAAUAUCCAUUUUACCUAUAUUUAAAAGUGAAUGUCUCCCUAAGUACUGAGGGUCAGUUAUACAACUAGGCAACCAGUGGGUUUCAGUUUGCCUUAUAUUACGUAUAGAAAACUUAAAAACUUCGUUGCAGAGAGUGCUGAUCAGAUCUCAAAUAAUAAAUCAACAGCUUCUUAUUAAUCCACAUUAUGGUAAAAAAGUAGUUUUAAAAUACUGGCAUCCUGUAAGUUUGUUUUUUCUUCAUGCUUAUUAAUAUACUUGGGACAAUGCCGCAUUCAGAGAUAUUCAGCCCCAUUACAAUGCCAGUUCUUGGUGAACUCAGGUGAGCGCCAAACGACAAUCAUGACUCUCUUCUCUGUUAAGAGUUGCCACGAGAAUAAACUAUUUUUUGUUGAGAUCAACCGUUCAUCAUCAAUAAAUUAUAUGGAUAUGUUAUGCAAUACUGUUGUUAAUGCAAUAAUAUGCAAUAUUGUUGUCAAUACAAUAAUAUGCAAUAUUGUUGUCAAUGAAAUAAUAUGCAAUAUUGUUGUCAAUGCAAUAAAUGCUAGUUAAAAAUGCUCAAGUUAAAGUUGUACAUAUUUGUUAUUUGUGACAGAUUGUGGAGAUAUAUAAAUUAUAUAAACAUUUAUUAUGCAAAGAAUAAUUACGUUCGUUAUUAACUACAUUAUAUAAUUAUGUUGUUUAUGUUAACCACAAACUUUUACAAAGUUUAUGUAAAGAAUAAACAGAUAAAUUUUAA